CAGCACCAGAACAACACGAGCACAGGAAAGCCCGCAGCGGUCUUGUUUUAGGAACACGACGACCUUUUGAAAGUAACCUGUCGGGUACACGCUGCCUAUCAUGGACAAGUUCCAGGCUUUCGGCAAGAACAUUUCUGCCUCCUUUACACCUUUUGCUGCGAGGACGCAACAGUAUGUCAAGGAACAGCUUGGGCAAGCCGAAGAUAAGACACAACUUCCCCCGGACUACAUCGAGCUUGAGAAACGGGUCGAUGCUCUGAAGAAGGUGCACAAUACUAUGCUUCAAGUUACCUCUCAGUACUCAAAUGAAGCAUACGACUAUCCGACCAACAUUCGCGAAUCUUUCAACGACCUCGGUCGUACCGUGGCGGAGAAGGUUCAUCUGCUGUCGUCCGCAACGACCCCGGCCGAAGCGCAAGCCGCUCUCACCGCGCCCCCGUCCGCAAAGCCCCAGCCUAAGACAUUCAGCCAUGCUAUCGCCCGCGCUGCCUUGAACAGCUCCCACGUUUUGUCUGGAGAGCACUCCUCCGCCACCGAAGACCCUCUGGCCACUGCUCUAGAGAAGUUCGCCAUCGCGAGCGAGAAGAUUGGGGAGGCAAGGCUGGCACAGGAUGCUCAGAUCCAGAGCAGGUUUCUCGCGGGAUGGAGUACCACUCUGAAUACAAACAUCAUGUUUGCGACUCGUGCGCGCAAGGCUGUGGAGAAUGCACGACUGAGCCUUGACGCGACGAAGGCUAGCGUGAAGAAUCCUGGAUUUUCCUUGCCUGGCCAACAUGGCAGGAAGGAUGGUUUGGAGGAGGAUUUGAGCGAGGAGGCGAGGGCAAAGAUUGAGCAGGCCGAGGAUGAGUUCGUGGGACAGACCGAGGAGGCUGUUGGAGUUAUGAAGAACGUCCUGGAUACUCCCGAACCGCUCCGCAACCUCGCGGACCUCAUUGCCGCACAGCUCGAAUACCAUAAGAAGGCCUAUGAGAUUCUGUCCGAGCUGGCCCCAGUGGUCGAUCAGUUGCAAGUUGAGCAGGAGCAAAAAUACCGGAGUUCCUAGCUGAUUGAUGGUGAAUGCAGGCCAGCUACCGCAAGUCCCGUGAGGGAGCCUAGGGGUCUGACUUCAUAGGUAGGGUGUAGACGAGCAGCUCGGGGUCCUAGGCAGGAAUGUUACGUUCGAGUAUUGCAGGGCAAUGCGGCCGUCUCGAUGCAGAUCAU